AUGUGGAUCAUAAAUUGGUUUUACGAUGUCCUCGCCUCCCUCGGCCUCCUCAACAAGCAUGCCAAACUCCUCUUCCUCGGCCUUGACAAUGCCGGAAAGACGACCCUCCUCCACAUGCUCAAGAACGACCGUGUGGCAGUCCUCCAGCCCACUCUUCACCCCACCUCAGAAGAGCUCUCCAUAGGAAACGUCAAGUUCACCACCUUCGAUCUCGGAGGUCACGCACAGGCCAGGCGUCUCUGGCGCGACUACUUCCCUGAAGUCAGCGGCAUCGUCUUCCUUGUCGAUGCAAAGGACCACGAGCGGUUGGCUGAGUCCAAGGCAGAGCUCGAUGCUCUCCUCGCCAUGGAGGAGCUUGCCAGCACCCCCUUCGUCGUCUUGGGCAACAAGAUCGACCACCCUGAAGCCAUCUCCGAGGACCAGCUCCGCGCUGCCCUCGGCCUUUACCAGACCACCGGCAAGGGCAAGGUCCCGCUCGAGGGUAUCCGACCAAUCGAGGUCUUCAUGUGCAGUGUGGUUAUGCGACAGGGUUACGGCGAGGGUAUCCGCUGGUUGUCGCAAUACGUCUAA